AUGGGGCUGCUGCCCAGCCUGGCCCUGGCCCUGACCCUGGCCCUGGCCACAGGGUUCCAGCCACAGGAGAGCCCCCCCAAGGAGUCCCACAACCUCCACUGGGGCAAGUUCUCAGGGUUCUGGUACAUUCUUGCUGUGGCCACCGACGCCCCGGGCUUCCUGCCGGCCAGAGACAAGAGGAAGCUGGGGGCAGCCGUGGUGAAGGUGCAUAGUGCAGGCCGGCUGCAGGUGGCCAUCGCCUUUAGCCGGUCUCGGGGCUGCCAGUCCCAGGAGGUGACCCUGAGGAAGGAUAAGAAGAAGGCCGUGUUCAGGAACACCCUGAAGGGCAUGAUGGGCUUCCACGUGCUGUCCACCGACUACAGCUACGGCCUGGUGUUCCUCCGCCUGGGCCGUGCCACCCGCAUCUACAAGAACCUGCUGCUCUUCCACAGACAGCACAUCCCCAGCUUCCUGAACCUGAGAGAGUUCAUGGACACCAGCGCCGCACUGCAGCUCAGCAGGGAGGCGGCCGUGCUCCCCAAAGACGCCUCCUGCGCACACACCCUCCUGCCGUGACCUCAUCCCCCUGCUCUUCCUGGGACUUGUG